AUGCAGAUCGUAGCACGUCGACUGUGCGAGCGAACGGUGCCAUACGCCUCGCGGUGCAUCCGACUGUCUCUCGUCCUAUCACAACGGCAGACUCCAUACAUCCUGCGCCGUCAACUUUCAGUGACCGUCGAUCCUCGACAGGAUAUCGCGCAUGCUAUACCGACCGAGUCCGUUUCCCCAGCGCCUCUGCAGGGCAUCGUACAUCAGACAGAUGGAGCAUCGAUAGAAGUCGCGGCGCCGGCGGCUCAGCGUGCAAUUCCAUUCUCAUGUCCAGGAUGUGGUGCACUGUCGCAGCAGACGGAGAAACAGGCCCCCGGGCAUUAUACACGGACGCGGAGAACGGUGCGAGACUGGCUGAAGGGAAAUACAUCAUCGGCGAAUGGACACGCAUCAGAAGAUACGUCGUCGCCGCCCGAUGCUAAGAAAGCUGUGGCAUCAACUGCGCCCAGCAAUAUCAAAGUCCCCUUAUGCGACCGCUGUCAUGACCUCGUCAACAGUAACAAGGGCACAUCCAUAGCCCAUCCAUCUAUAGAGGAUAUUGCCGACUCGAUAGCGGAAUCGCCAUAUCGACAGAAUCAUGUCUACCAUGUUCUGGACGCUGCCGACUUUCCAAUGUCCCUUGUCCCAGCAAUACACCGUGCACUGGAGCUCGCCAAACCACGGAGUCGCAAUCGGCGCUCACAGCACAAUUAUUCGUCUCGUCCGACUAUGUCCUUCGUCAUCACUCGCUCUGAUCUCCUGGCUCCGACCAAAGCCAAGGUCGACAGGCUAUUGCCAUAUUUCCGCGAGAUCCUGCGAAGCACGUUGACGCACGUCAACAAGGAUAUGAGGCUAGGCAAUCUUCAUCUCGUAUCUGCAAAGCGUGGCUGGUGGACGAAGGAGCUCAAGGACGAGAUCUGGCAGCGAGGCGGGGGAAAUUGGCUCGUCGGCAAAUUCAAUGUUGGGAAGUCCAAUUUAUUCGAGGUCAUCUUCCCAAAAGGCUCAGGCGAAAGGGCGCCUGUUUACAAGCAACUCGUCCAGGAACAAAGCAAGAGCGAUUCGUUAGAUCAGAUUCCUGCUUACCUGCCAGAGUCGCAGCUACUCCCACCCGCACAGCCAGAAGUGCCAUUCCCUACCCUGCCCCUGGUCUCAAGCCUGCCAGGCACAACAGCAUCGCCUAUUCGGCUACCGUUUGGUAACAAAAAGGGCGAGCUGAUCGACAUGCCCGGCCUGGAGCGCGGUGAUCUAGACCAUUUUGUUGCGGCCGAGCACAGACUCGACUUAGUCAUGGAAAAUCGCCCGAAGAUCACGCAGUACAGCAUCAAACCUGGACAGUCGUUGUUGCUUGGAGGAGGUGUAGUGCGCAUCACCCCUUUGCUGAGCGGCGACAAAUCCACGACUAUGCUGGCAUAUCCCUUUGUGCCGCUCGACGCGCAUAUCACGGCGACCGACAAGGCGAUUGGAGCCCAAGAGCAGUCGCGAGAAAGUGGCAUCGAAUCCAUUCUCGCACCUGAGGUUGGUGGAAAGUUUCGAUCAGCAGGAAUCAUCACACUAGAUGUCGAUGUAACCAAGUAUCAUGCUGGGUCAGUUCUGAGGGCGGGAGCCAACGUCGAUCGACUCCCCUUCCGAGUGUAUGGAAAGGAUAUACUGAUUCAAGGUGUCGGCUGGGUCGAAGUGACCUGUCAAGUACGCCGCCGGCGAGGGGACACGACGGAGCCUGAAACUACCACUGCAAAUGCUGACUCAGGGUCCUCCGCACUCGCGGAGACGUCCGACUCGGCAAUGCCGCCCUCGGAAUCAGCAUGGUCGCCCCAAAACACGAUCCCACAAUUCGACUUUCCCCAAGUAGAAGUCUUCAGUCCGAACGGUGCUCACAUCAGCUCGAGACGUCCGAUGAAUGCGUGGACGCUCUUCAGAGAGGGCACAUUGACCAAAGAGAGAAAUAAGCCGAUACGGCCUCGCAUGCCUAUGAAAGGCGAGAAGAAGGCGGCGAAGAUUAGGACGAGAGCUGCUGCUGGUGUAUGA